GUUCCUGCUGUGACUUCUUCACCAGCUCCAUGAUGGAACCAUUAGAAAGGCCGACGACUGGCUGGACACACAAGGAAGCAGAAAUUCGAAUUGGUCCCCAACCAGAUCAGAGCAGGGGGUGGAGCCCUGGAGACAGGAGUACAGUACCUGCACCUAUCCCCCCAGCCCUAUCCUUCCUCCUCCUCUUGCCACUGGCCGGUGCCCUACAGCCCACCUCACUGCCUUUUCCAGAACUGAGGUUGGUGGGGGGUCCGAGCCGCUGCCGGGGGCGUCUGGAGGUCCUGCAUGGUGGCUCCUGGGGCAGCGUUUGUGACGAUGACUGGGACGUGGUGGACGCCAAUGUGGUAUGUCGUCAGCUGGGCUGCGGCCUGGCGCUCCCUGUGCCGAGGCCCCUUGCCUUUGGGCAGGGCCGAGGCCCCAUCCUGCUGGACAACGUGGACUGCCGUGGGCAGGAAGCUGCUCUGAGUGAGUGCGGCAGCCGAGGCUGGGGAGUCCACAACUGCUUUCACUACGAGGAUGUGGCUGUUCUGUGUGAUGAGUUCUUGCUCACGCAACCCCCAACAAAGAAAGUGUUAACCAGCAGGGCACCCCCUACAACUACCCAGAAUGGGAGAGGCGAGGGCAGUGUGCGCCUGGUGGGGGGCGCAGGCCCCUGCCAGGGCCGAGUGGAGAUCCUGCACGGCGGCCUGUGGGGCACUGUGUGCGACGAUGACUGGGGGCUGCCGGACGCCACCGUGGUCUGCCGCCAGCUGGGCUGCGGGGAGGCCCUGGCCGCCACCACUAACGCCUUCUUCGGCUAUGGCACGGGACACAUCCUGCUGGACAACGUUAACUGUGAAGGCGGCGAGCCCCGCCUGGCAGCCUGCCCGAGCCUGGGCUGGGGCGUGCACAACUGCGGCCACCACGAGGACGCGGGAGCGCUCUGCGCAGGCCCAGAGGAGCUAGGACUGCAAGUCCAGCAGGAUGGUUCUGAGACCACCCGGGUUCCCACUCCUCGGCCCAGGGACGGAACCUACUAUGGCCUGCCCCUCUUCCUCCAGGAAGCCUUCCUCCUGUGA